AUGGAUUCAGACGACUCCAUGAAUCCAUAUCGUCCCUCAUCUGGCUUCUUCAAUCUGUUACAAAGUCAACUUGAAACCCAAAACCUCGAAUACACUCCUUAUGAGAGUCCAUGUUCUGACGCUCCAUCUGAACCUACAUCCCCUCAAAAAAACCACAAGUCAAGGCAUGAAUGGUUACCAACAGAUAAGGUUAUGCUUGUCAGCGUUUGGCUAAACACGAGCAAGGAUCCGGUUACUUCGAAUGAGAAAAGACGUCGGCCAAAGAGAGAGGCCAGUCACUGUAAGAAGAGGUGGGGGAGGAUAAAUGACUUGGUGUGCAAGUUUGUUGGUUGUUACGAGGCUGCGACAAGGGAGAAGUCUAGUGGACAAAAUGAAGAUGAUGUGAUGAAGUUAGCACACCGGAUAUACUUCAAUGAUCACAAACAGAGGGGAAGGGUGGGUGAGGAUGGGUCUGCACAGGAUGCACAACCGGUGAUUGAUGUCGAGGAUGAACCAAUGUCCCGUCCUCCUGGUGUUAAGGUUGCAAAGGGGAAGGCCAAAAAGAGCUCUAAAACUAAACCGGAUGUCGAGGACAAUGUAAAAGCUUUCUUGGAGUUUCAGAUGGAGCGUGUUACGCGGAUGUAUGAGAUGAAGCAAAAGGAUUUCGCUUUGAAAGAGAAGGAGUUCGCUUUGAAAAAAGAAUAUAUUAAGCAUGUGAUACUUGAAAAUCUGAUUGCCAAAAAUGAUUCACUAACUGAAACAGAAAAAGCUCUUAAGGAUAAGCUAAUUAAUGACAUGAUGUCAUCGGGUUGA